AUGCCGGUUCAAAUUGCUAAUCCUGCCCGCGCGGCAGACUCUGCGGUGCUGGCUGGGGCCGCUGUACAGGUAGGCAGUGGAGAUGGAAACGGGCACUUCACCGAUCUGGUUAUUGACGGCGUGUUGCGGGUUGCUGCGUCAAAGCUUGUGCGUAAGGAGAUGGAAAAAAUCCCAGACCUCAGCUUCCCGGCAAUUGUGCGCUCCCUGUCUAUUUUGGGUGGCAGGUUUAAAGCUGCCUCGGCUCUUCAGGCCUACCCUGCGCGGUUUUUUUCGUGGACAAGCCCGGCGUUUACACUGUCGAUUCUUCUGGUUUACACGUACAUUUGUUUCCAUCCUGCCCUUAUUGCUUGCCUGCCAUCUAUGAGCUUGCUGCUCUUUGUUUUCAUUCCCAAUUACAUCAAGCACUUUCCGCUGGAUAUCCCCGAGUUCCCGGUGCAAGUAAACGCAUUUGGCAGUGGUGUCUCUGUGAGCGCUAAUCCUGAUAGCGUGGAGGAGCAGGCUGAGGUGGUCGAGCAGGCCAAAAUCAAGCGAGACCGCGAUAUUUUGCUGGCUAUUCGUCAGGGUCAGAACUCGCUCCAAAACCUCGUGGCCAGCGUGGACAAGCUCGAUGCAUUCCUGGCCGGCCCGGCCAACUUUGUGGAUAUCCAGGAGUCGUGCACCCUCUUUUUGCUCGUGCUUUGUGCCUUUCUGGGCACGGCUGCUGCUGCCGGACUGGUCUCGCUCCCGGUCCUCUUCAGCUCAAUGGGCUGGGGUGCUGCUAUAUUAGCCCAUCCUGAGGUCAAACGCAAAAUCGAGGACCUCAAGAAGGUUGAAAUGACGCUUUUCAAAAACUCUACCGCUUUGCCUAAACUCAUGGCCGCCUUGAAGCCGCAGUUCAACGUCGACGAGGAGGCUCCAAUCGUUCGUGAGGUCGAGAUAUUCGAGGUCCAGCGCCAGGGCUUGACCGACAAACUCUGGGAUUUUUGCUGCUACACCCAGUCUAUUUAUUCUGUCGACUCGCCGCUGAGGCUCUCAUCCCAAGCUCCUGAGGGAACUCGCGUGCUGGACGACGUCGAAGCCCCGAAAUAUUGGUUGUUCAAUGAAGAGUACCCUUGGAUACUUGACUAUGACGCAGAGUACUGGACACAAGACCGGCACAUCGCUAACGUUACGGCCGAUGGCCCUUGGGCCUACGACGUCGGUGUAAACGGAACUCCUGGUGAGUACAGACGCCGCCGCUGGACAAGACAAGCCUUUUAUAGUCCCUAG